UUUCAGUAGAAUGUGAAAACAUUGAAAAGGGAGUUGAUGAUCACACUUUAUUCACACGUACGUCUCAGGAGGAAUUAAAGAGAUCAACAAAAUGCCUCCCAGCCUCUGUGGCUCAUGGGACACCUUCAGCAAUGUCAACUUUGAGGGCUACAUGAUUGCACUGGGCAUCAGCCCUUGCUUAAGGAAGAUUGCUAUGAAGCAGAAGCUGAGGAAGGUGAUUGAGCAGCAGGGAGACCAGUUCAUCAUCAAAACGCUCAGCCCCCUCCGAAACUACACCGUCUCCUUCCGAGUGGGCCAGGAGCUGGAGGAGUUCACCAAGGGGCUGGACAACAGACACAUCAAGUCACUGGUGACAUGGGAGGGCAAUAAACUGGUGUGUGAACAGAUCGGAGAGAAGAAGAACCGCGGCUGGACUCACUGGAUUGAAGACAACAAGCUACAUCUGGAGUUGUACUGUGAAGGAGAGGUUUGCAAGCAGGUUUUUAAGAAGAAUGCGUCGGAGUGAGGAAGACAGAGAGUUGUAUAAGGAGAUGAAUGAUAUUUAGUGUCAGAUCCACUGACCUACAACAAAAGAAAUGCUUUAAAAGUUCAGGUUGUGGUUUUUUCUCUGUAAUGAGUCAUCAUUGCUUAGUUCAGGCAGAAUAUAACCUCUCGGGUGUGGAUGUACACCAGUAGAUGGCAUCAAUGCAUUACUUUAGUCAGACUACAUAGGUCUGCAGCUUGCUGGUGCUGGCCUCAAGUAAUACAUAUAAAGAAUGAAGAGUAUCAAGCAUGUCUAUUGUGCCUUUCAGCUGGCUGAAAAAUAAGCCUUUAUAACUAGCCUCUGAAACUUAUUGUAUAUCAGAAAUCUCGUUUGUACAAAUUAUAAUAAAUAAAUUUUCUUUGCA